AUGAACGGCCACAAUGUUGAAAAAGAUAUGGCCGUAUUCCACCUCCCAGGCCAUCCGUUGCCUGCAUUGAUCGGACUGUGUAGCACGGACUCGAAGAAUACGCCGGUGGAUCUCUUCAUGCUUUCCUUGAGCCGCCCCGUGCUACUGUGCGCAGUUUCGUUCCCGACAAAACGUGUCGGGCAAGACACAGUCGUCGAUCUGCACGACGCAACAGCGCAGCCGUGCGGUCUGCAAUUACAGUCGAUCAAGGACUGUAUGCCGGCACUAUUAGCAUGUGAGCCAAAUCUCGCUGUCUACGGCCUCAGCACCCACUCGCCCGCAUGCUCGCAGCGCAUUCACUCCGCGCUGGGUCUUCCAUUUCCACUUUUGGCCGACACUGACUGUUCAUUUAGCGAGCAGCUCGAGCUCCCGCGACAAAACGACAACGGACAUGCGCUCCUCCGCCGCUGUACAAUGCUGCUGCGCGAAGGCCAAAUCACUCGGCUCGACUACCCUCUUGUGCAUCCCACCCAAGCCGGCGCGCGAGCAGAAGAAAUGCUGCAAAGAGACGCAGGGAAACGUAUAUAG